AUGAUCUCGUGGUGCAUCAGGUGGGAUCCCGACAAUGGUGGCAAGCCAACGUACAAGAGCUACAACAUUGACAUCAACAGCUGCGGGCCCAUGAUGCUGGACGUCCUCUUCAAAAUAAAGGAUGAGCAGGACCCCACACUGGCUUUCAGGCGAUCAUGCAGGGAGGGUAUAUGCGGCUCCUGUGCAAUGAACAUAAACGGGACAAACUGCCUGGCGUGCCUCACAAAGGUGGAGCGGUCUCCUGAUACGAAGACCAAGGUGGCACCCUUGCCGCACAUGUUUGUCAUCAAGGACCUGGUCGUGGACAUGAGCAACUUCUAUGCGCAGUACAAAUCCAUCAACCCAUUCCUUCAGAAGAAGGAUCCCAGCUCAGGGAAGGAGUACUACCAGAGCAGAGAGGACCGCAACAAGCUGGACGGCUUGUACGAAUGCAUCCUGUGCGCCUGCUGCUCCACAUCCUGCCCAUCUUACUGGUGGAACGAAGACAAGUACUUGGGCCCUGCAGUCCUCCUGCAAGCCUACAGGUGGAUCAUCGACAGCAGGGAUGACUUUACAGAGGAGCGCAUUGCACAGUUGGACGAUGCCUACAAACUGUACCGCUGUCACACAAUCAUGAACUGUGCCAAGGUCUGCCCGAAGGGGCUCAACCCCGGCAAGGCGAUUGCAAAAAUCAAGCAGUCAGUGCACUUUGGUCAUGCUGUCUGA